AAACAACGCUGCAGGGUAGACAAGAAUUGUGAAACAAGAAUCUGCAAAAUCAUCGUUUUAAAUAAAUUGAACAUUUUAAGCCGUUUAUUCAGUGAUCUGGCUAGUUUUCUACUAUAAUUAAUCACUACAACUGUAGAACAGACGUUUAAGUACACGAUUAAAUUGAGGAUUGUAAAGUUAAAAUAGAAUAAAAGGCAAAAAUCAUGUUUGGAAGUGCCGCAAUGAGUAGCAGCUCUAAUAAAUUGGAGUUUAAAGCAGGCAGAAUGACACUAAUUGAUAGUGUUCAGGAAGGAACUAAGAAGAAAAUGGUUCAUGCUGAUAAAAGAAAGGGUUUAGUCUACAUUUAUUCAGCAGAUGAUGGUUUAACCCAUUUUUGCUGGAAGGAUAGAACAUCGGGAAAUGUCGAGGAUGAUUUAAUUAUCUUCCCAGACGAUUGUGAAUUUAAGAAGGUCGAUCAAUGCAAGGACGGACGUGUAUUUUUGCUGAAAUUCAAGUCAUCAAAUCGCAAACUGUUCUUUUGGCUUCAAGAGCCAACUAAUGAUAAGGAUGACGAAUAUUGUCGUAAGGUCAAUGAAUUGCUGAAUAAUCCACCGUCAGCAAAUAAUGGUAGCAGUGGUGGAAGUGGAAGCAGACAAGAAGGAAGUGAUUUGCAAUAUAUGCUCAAUAAUAUGUCUCAACAGCAACUUAUGCAAUUGUUUGGCGGAGUUGGUCAAAUGGGUGGAUUGAGUAGCUUACUUGGUAGCCUUAAUAGGCCUUCUUCAGGCAGUCGUAAUACAACAACCACUUCCGCAUCAUCAACACCAUCAGCAACGCGUACUACCACGGCAUCAUCAGGCGGAACUGCUGUUGCUCAAACUCCUGAAAAUACUAAUCAACCUGCAACGCCUCGAGCACCAAGAAAGGCAACAAAUUCUGGUCCAACUGAAGCAGCGACACCAGCAACAGGAUCAAAUACAGAAGCAUCUCGUGUAUUAUUAUCAGAAUUACAAAAUUAUUUGGCUGGAAUAAGUGCCGGUGGAUCGAAACAGAGCAGUGUUGAUUUGUCAACAUCUCUUAAUUCAGAUACAAUCAAUUCAAUCUUAUCCGAUCCAGAACUUUUAAAAUCCCUGCAAGAUCAUUUGCCAAAUAUUAAUGAAACAGAUGAUGAGAAGAAGCCAGUAGAUUCAAAUUCAGUUAAACAGCAAUUAAAAGAAACAUUAGCUUCACCUCAGUUCCAACAAGCACUCUCAAUGUUCUCAAAUGCUUUACAAUCCGGACAACUCGGACCCGUUGUGUCACAAUUCAAAUUGAGCGAUGAUGCUGUCUUAGCUGCAAAUAGUGGCGAUUUAGAGCAGUUUGUUAAAGCAUUAGAAAAAACGUCAAUUACCGAUAGCAAGGAGAGUGAUAAGAAUGAUGAGGAUGACAAGAAGGAUGAAUCGAAGAAUUGAAUGUCAGCCAAUACUUUUUUGAAUGUUUCAUUUUUUUGUAUCAUAAUUAUUUCAUGAACUUAAUCAAGCUGAGAAUGAGACUUAUGAAUUUAGAUAUUUGCUGAUUUUAGAAUUUUUUUUCUCACGAACGAUGAGGAAUGAGCAUAUAAUAUGAGGAAAGAAUCAGGACAAAAUAAAUUAAUUUAAUUUCUCAGUGCAUAAUUACAUCUGCAAAUUUCUUUAUUUUAUUCUAUUAAUAUUUGAAAAACAAUAGAUCCAAUAACAAUUAAAAUGUUAAAGAAUUG